CAAGGAGCAGGGGAUAUGCCGCAGAUCCCCUACUGGGCUGGCUCAACUUGCGCACUCGCACCGAAAUUGCCGCUGGACCUGCUGGCUUCUCUGGCGAAUGGGCCAGCGCAUGAUCUUAUGUUUUGCGUUUCUGUCAGUUUAUCUGCUGGGUGGGAGAUCUUGGUUUCCCUUGUCAUCGCAGGCGCUUUGCCAGGGGCACUGUAGACGCCAUCAUUACAAACGCAGUCGUGCUUGUCGCUCUGCGAGGAAGCGGGACGAUGUGAGAUCGGAUCCUUGGGUCUGGGGCUACGAUAAACGUUUGGCUCCAUACCUGCAGACGAACAGGGUGCAGGCGAAACUGUGGAUGCGCUGGGUUAGUGAAGGUGGCAUCCCGCCGGACGUGAAACUGACAGCGUCCGACAGGCGCGUCGGAUCAGCCGUUCUGUCCUAUCUGACGGAUUUGGCUGCGAAGGACCACGAUGACGAAAGUGCAGAGGAGUACUAUCGGCUAGCUGAGGAAGGAAACUUUGAAAUCACCGUCCCGUCGCUGACUCCAUUCAUCAACAAGGCGGCGAGGCGGGGAGAUAUUCGGUCAGCAGAGGUGUGGCUUCGAAGAGCCGUGACAUCCAAUGGCCUGACCAACGAGGUUCCUCUCUCUGCCUGUCUCAACGCUGCCGCCAAUGCUGGCAAUCUGAGCCGCGCUGAGAUGUGGCUCGAGUGGGCGGAGCUCUCCAGAGUCGACGUCGGCGUCGUUACAUAUUCUACCUUGAUCAAGGCGGCAGGCAGGGGGAGCGACCACUCUGGUGCCUUGAGAUGGUACCACAGAGCUCGGGAAGCUGGGGUCGAGCCGAACGUGGUCAUGUGUGCUGCUCUGGUGACCGCCGUUAGAUCUGACGUCGAGGCGGCGGAGCACUGGUUCGAGGUGGCGUGCCAGGGCAGGGUGGAGCCGAACGCCGUCAUGUACAACGCCGUGAUCGACUCGUGUGCGCGGGCGGGCGACAUGGCCCGGGCCGCCGAGCACCUGCGGUCGAUGCGGGGAGCCGUGGAGCCGAGCGGCGCCACGUUCGGCGCGCUCAUCAACGGGGCGGCCGAGCGGGGAGACCUGGAGCUGGCGCUGAGCUGGUUCGACGAGAUGGAGCGCAGCGGGAUCAUCGCCAAUCGCAUCGUGUGGAACACGCUGCUCAAGGCCUGCAUCAACGUCCGGCCACGGGGGCAGGCCCAGAUGCGGGCCACGGAGGACAUCUUGUGGUCCAUGGUGAAAGACCGGGGGGUCAAGCCAGAUCUGGUGACGCUGUCCUAUAUCGGAGAGUGCUUGGCCCUCGCAGGCUGUCCCAGGUCUGCACGCUGCUGAAGAUCAGGGCCCCCGAUGGCCUGUACGUCAGCGGCGGGGAGUGGCAGCGGGAGCUGUCCUUGUUCAAGAAGCGGUAGAACAGCUACUGAUGCGACCCGCUACGGUUACGACAAGGUGGCCUCGCCGAGCGAGGAUGGUUUGCCUGGAUUGGGUGAGGAUAGUCACCUUCGUUCCUGCUUUACUUCGAAUGACUCCAGUCCGUGGUGGCGUGCGCUUCUCUUGUUUGAUGACCUGUAGAGCUAGAGGCGGUUCCGCAUCGAGGCAAGGCGCUCCCGUGGUCGUUGUGGUUUUCUGCGCGCAUGUGGCGUGUUGGACAUAGCAGCAGGCGCUGACGCUGUGGAGGUUCACGCUCCGAGGGGGUCGAGAGGCACGUGCUUUCAACUGGCAUGGCACGGCCCGCCCGUGGUGGCCUGGGCAGACGUGAAGCAGCGCGUGUAUCUGCUGGUGUCUUCUCUUGAGGCUGUGCCAGGAGAGACGGGGCCGAGUUCUCACCAGGUGCAAUGAUAUGAUCGAGGCGCACGACGGUCAAGCGCAGUGACAGGUGGGCGCUGGUUUCUUGUUCGUUGGGUAGACAAGAGGGGGUCGAGCCAACUGACAUCGGCUGGGCCGAUCACGUCUGCGCGGCGAGAAGAGCCAGAUGCGGUCAUCCGUGCUGCCGUUGCCGUGUUCGCCGUGGCAGCUGUAGGCGGCGUCUCGUGCCGUUCGUAAUGGCACUGGUGUCAGCAGGUGUGGGAAGGAGAGGUCCUGGUGAGAAGUAUCGCGAUCGUCGCGUUCGCUGUGGCAAGUGGAGGUGGUGAGUGUCGUCAGCUGUCGAGCUGCAGUCCUCGCGCAUGGAGCGAGUGGGACGUGGCGGCAUGUGUCGUAGCGGAAAGGUGCUGUCAGUGCCAGUAGAGCCGGAUGCUCUGAGCCAGAUCAUCACGGGCACAUCAGUGAAGUAGUCGGCCUUCCAGCAGGUGCCCUGCGGA